UACGUCCCUCGACAACGUCACGCGUAACAAAAUUGUGUUAUGCGGAAAUGAGAUGACAAGCUUGUUCUUUGACACUUAGACACAAGAGGGGAAGUUUUCAGAUCAAAGGUAAACGACGUUAACGUAUAGAGUACGGUUGCUGUUCAGAUGACGUGGGGAUGCUAAUACGACCCUCCGCUUGUCUCUCUGUUGCCAUGACAACGCCCUAUCUCUCCCUGUUCCUCCUACUGGUGUUUCUGUCCUCGUCCUGCCUGCUGUAUCUCAACCUCCAAUCGGAAUCCUUCUCUUUGUCCGUACCCCUGCCGCCCCCGUCCUGUGGUCUGGGCCAGUCCUGGGCCGUGCGGCUGAGCUUCAGCUCUUCCCAGGAGGACGGGCUUCUCGUGGAUCUCGAUGUGGUUGCAGACAAGGUGGCAGAACAGGUCGGACUGGAGAACCGGGGUCAGAUCGGACAGCUGGAAGGCCACUACCUCCUGUGUGCCUCAAAGCCCAGGCUGGGGGCUACCGCUUGGGCAGACAAGUGGGCCCACUCCGGAGACCUGCUGGCAGCCCACCCGCAUGUGCUGUGGCACUCCAAGGACAUUGUCCUCAGCAGAUCCAAGAGGGCAAUGACCUUCAAUGACCCCCGCUACCCGAACCAGUGGCACUUGCACAACAAACAGAGAAAGGGCAUGGACAUCAACGUGACGGGCCUGUGGGAGCGCAACAUCACUGGGACAGGGGUCACGGUGGUGGUGGUGGAUGACGGAGUGGAGCACACGCUGCAGGACAUCCAGCCCAACUAUAGUCCAGAGGGCAGCUAUGACCUGAACUCCAACGACCCCGACCCCAUGCCCCAUCCAGAUGCCCACAGUGACAACCACCACGGCACGCGCUGUGCUGGGGAGAUCGCCGCCGUGCCCAACAACAGCUUCUGUGCCGUGGGCGUGGCCUACGGGAGCAAGGUGGCAGGUAUCAGAGUGCUGGACGGACCACUGACGGACAGCAUGGAGGCUGUGGCGUUCAACAAACACUACCAGGUCAACGACGUCUACAGCUGCAGCUGGGGUCCAGACGACGAUGGACACACUGUGGACGGACCCCACCCGCUGGGGAAGGCGGCGCUGCAGCAUGGAGUGAUCGCUGGCCGAAGAGGGUUCGGCAGCAUCUUCGUUGUUGCCAGUGGUAACGGCAGGCAGUAUAACGACAAUUGCAACUACGACGGCUAUGCCAACUCCAUCUACACCAUCACCAUUGGGGCGGUUGACGAGGAGGGACAGAUGCCCUUCUAUGCAGAGGAGUGUGCGUCCAUGUUGGCGGUCACGUUCAGCAGUGGAAGUAAAGAACUGAGGAGCAUCGUGACGUCCGAUUGGUCGAUGCAGCAGGGGACGGGCUGCACGGACGGGCACACGGGCACGUCGGCUGCGGCCCCCCUGGCGGCGGGCAUGGUGGCCCUCAUGCUGCAGGUGCGGCCCUGCCUGACCUGGCGGGACGUCCAGCACAUCAUCAUCUUCACUGCAACCAAGUACGAUAACAGCACUGACUGGAGGGCUAACGGGGCCGGCUUCCACCAUAGCCACAAGCACGGCUUCGGCCUGCUCAAUGCCUGGAGGAUGGUCAACGCUGCCAAGGUGUGGGAUUCGGUGCCAUUCCUAUUGUCUUAUCAGAGCCCGGUACUGAAGGGGGAUGUGACUAUCCUGACCUAUCCAGACAUUCUGACCCGCACCUGGAAUGUCACCACCCAGGACCUGAGCCAGUCCGGCAUGCAGACUCUGGAGCACGUGUCCGUUACCAUGACGAUCAUCCAUCCGUGCCGCGGCAACGUGGAGAUCACACUGGUGUGCCCCAGCGGCAUGACGUCACUUAUCGGGGCUCGUCGUGCCCUCGACCGGGACACCUCAGGCUACCAGGAAUGGACCUUUUCAACGGUGCGCUGCUGGGGAGAGAAAGCCCUGGGCGAAUACAAACUCCUCAUAGUGGACCACAAGACGCCGACCCCCAAGAUGUGUGCUGCCACGGGGACGCUCACCCAGUGGAAGCUGACCCUGUAUGGGUCCUCGCUCACCUACCGACAGGUCAAGGAGAGACAGAGGCUGGUGGAAGAGGCCAUGAGCGGCCGUUACCUAGACAGCAACUUCUCUCUGCCCUGCCCACCCGGCCUGGACGUCCCCCCAGAGACACUCACCCCCUUCUCCUCCAACAACCUCAAGUUCCUGCUGCUGCUGGGCUGUUUUGCCUUCUUCUGGUCGCUGUACUACACGCUGGAGGUGGGGCUGGCCCACUUGGACCUCCAGGAGUUGCUGUGCUGGCGGAGGGGCCGCGGCAGCGGGGCCCGCCCCCGGACCCACAGGCUCCGCCGGCGGGAACGGGACAGGGGGCCGGACUGGGUGUCGGUGGAGGACGGGGACGAGGAGGAGGGGGAGGAGGAGCAGCAGCAGGAGGACCGGGACUCGGGCAUCGUGCUGGACUUUGAGGCCAAGGCGCCAGCCGCCACCGCCGAGAGAGCGGCCACGUAGCGCCAGGCGCUGGCCGCUGAGCUUUUGGGUCUUCUUUUUUAACCUGCUGUACACGCCUCGCGGCACCUUCUCAGGGUCUGAACCCCCCCCCCCCACUCCCUCUUCACCCCUGCUGCCCUUGCCGAGCUGUUGCUCGGUCACUCUCCCCGCUCAGUGGGCUGAGACGGAGAGCGACCGUCAGGGUGGACCUGGACUCACCUGCCUCGCAUUCCUUCACGAUGUGGCCUUCUGGAUCAAAUGACUGAGUAUGGUUGGAGGGGCAUGAUGUGUGUGUGUGUGUGUGUGUGUGUGUGUGUGUGUGAGUGUGUAUGGGUUUAUUAUGUGGAAGGGAAGGUAUGUGUGUGUGUGGUGAAUCAGGCUGAGAAUUGGUACAGGGGGUGUAGGGGUGUUGAAUGUACGAUGCGAAUUGGUAUUAUCACAACAGUCACCUUGGACUUUAUUUGACGUGCACUACUGUACCCUUAUUUAUAUAAAGAUGUUUUAAUUGUGUGUGUGUGUGUUCGGCACGCGCCUGAUUUUGACUUUCACUCAUGAGUUCAUUCUUUGACGUCUGAAGUUUUAGAGACCUUGAAGUUUAAUGUGCAGAAUUUUAAUACUGUAUGUAUUUUUAUGUUUAUAUAACACACACACACACACACACACACACACACACACACACACACACACACACCUUGUGCCUGGGUCAUCAGAUUAUAUCAAACUGAGUUAAAUGUUUUCUAUGCAAAGGAGUUUCUGGAUUAAAGGUGAUAGCUGAUGGAAAUCCCAGGUGAGCUGUAUGUAAAUAAAGCCUUGAUAAGAA